AUGGAGUCCGAGAGGAGCUCACUCAUGGCCCGGGACUUGGAGACCCCAAAGAAGGAUAUGCAGCUGCGGGUGACCCCGUCGGAAGUGAAGUUCCUGGACGCGAUGGCAGGGAGGGUCUACCGCCUCCCAAUUACCGUGCACAAUCUCGGCCGAUACAGCCAGAAGAUCCGGUUUCAGGAGCCUGUCAAGCCACAGUUCAAACUGAUUUUGACCAAUCUGGAUAAAGCACUUGCUUCUGGCUUUCAGACGACAGCUAUGGUGGAAUAUCAUCCUGAUAAGAAUGAAGACACUUUUGACCAACUUCUUAUUUUAAUAGGAAAUAAAACAAUAGAGAUCCCUCUAAUUGGGUUGAUUGUAUCCUGUCAACUGGAAAUUGAGUCAGAAGUUAGAUUUGGGACAUUGGUUGCCAAUAGUAAAGUAUAUUGUAAAGAGAUUAAUAUCAUUAACCAUGGCAGAGUACCAGGUAUGUUUAAAACAGAAUACCAGGGCCAGUUACCUAUUGUCAUUUUUCCAACCAGUGGUAUUGUGCAACCCAAGUCAUCAAUGGUUAUUAAAGUGGAUUUCUGUGCAGACUGGCCCAUAAUUGUAAAUGAAGUGGCAAAAGUGAGUUUGCAAGAUCGUCCAGACAUAUUCUUGAAUAUCAAAGCUCAUGUUGUUGAGCAGAUUAUUGAAUUGUUAAACAUGAGUAAUGAUAAAAAGUUGGAAUGCAUAAGCUUUGGUUCUGUUUUCUUUGGAAUGUCAAAGAUUGAACAUGCACGUCUAUACAAUAAUAGCCCAGAAUCUAUAAAUUGGGUAGCCAUAAUGCAAGAUGAUUCUGUUGGAGAAGAAUUGGGUACAAAUGUUCAACAAAGAACAGAUGUUGCUUUAAAUAAUCUAACCUACUUAAGGAAAAUAAAGAACAUAGAUAUUACCACAUUUAUCUCCUAUGUUCCUAAUGAAGGGAGGUUACAACCUUAUCAAAAGAUUUUAAUUACAUUUUGUUUCAGCCCAAAGCUAAUCAUUAAUGGUCAAAAGGAUGAUCCUUCACACAGGCAAGAUGCUCUCUUUCUGAGAUUUGAGUCUGUAGGAAGUAAAGAUGGAUUUUUGAGAGAUGAUAACAAUAAAACCAUCAAAAGUGAUCGAUUCCAGAAAGUGGAAUUAGCCCUGACAGGCUCAGGACUUCCUGUCUUAUUACAGUUUGAUCCGGGAAGGGUCCUUAAUUUUGCACCUUGUUUCAUGGGUGGACGUUCAGAGAUUCAGUGUAUUAUGCAAAAUCGAUCCAAAUCACUUCCUGUGAUGUACCGCUUUAAAAAAACUGCACAUUUUAAAAUUGAUCCUGAAAAGGGCAAGAUAGAUGAAGGAUGUAUGCAGCGCCCCCAGCUGGCACAGCAGGGAUGCGUCCGCCCACCGUCACCUACGGCAGCGCGGCAGGCGGGGUCAAGGUGGGCGGCGUACAGGGGCUGGUCCCGGACGCCGGCGGCUUGGGCCCGCUCGUUGCGGCUGCGGCUGCGGCUGCGUGGGCUGUGGAUGCGCCCCAGCUCCGGCCGCGAGCCCCGCGCGGUGAGCGAACCCAUGAGGCAGUGCGGUAGCGGCGGGAGCCCUGCCCGGACGCAGCCCGCGCCGACCGGCGCCUCGGCCCGGAGCAGCCCGUUCAUGGCCCGGCGGAUGAACUUCUAUGGCUCCUCCUUCCCUCCAACGCUCCGCCAGCAGUCAGCUCCAAGUAUUAAAGACUUUGAAAGACACCGAUUACCAAUUUCCUACAGAAGCUCUUCAUACCAGGAUAAGAGAGUGGAGGUGGAAGUUGAGAAAGAAACAAAGUGUAAUCCUAUGGGACAGUUUGUGGUGAAAGACUUGGCAAAAUACAAGGACCAUGCACCUGUCGCAAUGCUUCAAUCAACCACGGCACACAUUCACAAUCAUAACACAAGUAAGGAGUUAAUAAAGGAUGCUCUGAUAGCCUUUCCCAAUGACCGAGCUGCAAGUAUCCGGUCUGGAGAAGAGCAUAAACAUUUCAGGACGAUUUUCACAAAGAUUCCAAGAUACAAUGUGGAUCCUGAUUUUGCAUACACUAAAUUUGAAAAAAUAGAAAAGAAAGCACAUGAAAAGCAUUAUGCAGGAUACAUUAAAUAUUUAAGAAAUGUGCACCUGCAGAAAGAAGAACAGAGGAAACACAUGUACUCAUAUAAUGAUACAGACAUAGGAUUACAGCCAGCAUCGGGUCUAUAGUCACCCACACUCUCAGAAGCAGAAAUAGAAGAGUAAUCUUCAGCACAGCGUCGGAUCAAAUGUAACCAAUUGCUAAGUACCAGAAAUAUAGCAUCCACGGAGACAAAGUCUUUGAGAAGAAAGGUUCUCAAAGGACUUAAAUCAGACCCAUCCUCACCCCAUGAAAAACAUGAUUGCAGCUUAAUCUUGACACCAAAGCAAAUUCAUCAAGUAAUUGUAGGGCCCUCUGUCCUUAACUUUGGUGAUGUUUGUGUGAACUCAACAAAUACUCAUCUACUACAUGUUAUUAAUAUGCUACCUAUUCAUAUUUUGAUCCAGUUAGAUGUCAGUUUGCAAGAACUUCGGAAAACCAACCAAUUUUCAUAUGUGAUUCCACCUACAGCUAGUACUUAUGUUUCAGUGAUAUUUGAAUCUCCCACUAUUGGAAAAUUUUGGAAGUCUUUCACCUUUACAGUGAACAAUAUGCCUGGUGGGCACAUCCUAGUGAUGGCAGUUGUCUUGCCAGUAAAACUUGAGCUAUCUGCUAAUGAGCUAGUACUGAGACCACAAGGCUUCUUGGUGAAAACAUGUUUUAGGGGGAUGGUUAGGUUGUAUAAUCGUCAGAAUUAUUUUGUCAAAUUUGAAUGGCAACCGAUAAAUACAGGAAAAGGGAUGGCAUUUUCCAUUUGUCCAGCUAAAGGCACUGUUGAACCAUACUCCCUAUUGGAAUGUGAAGUGACAUGGCAGCCGGGUUUUGAUUCUCCAGAAAGGGGAGAAUUUAUUCUUCACAUCAAUGAAGGAAACACACUGACACUGAAAUGUCUUGCACAUCUUGCUCACACCAAGGUCGUUCUUUUAGAGCCAAGGAUACUCUUCGGUGAUAGCCCUCAAGGUUUAACAACUUGGAGGAAAGCCAUUCUUCACAAUGUAGGACAAAACCAUGCUUAUUUCAAGGUUUGUGACCAGAGUCUUUUGUCUGUGAUUGACGUUCCAUCACAAGGAAUCAUUCCAUUGGGGGAGCUAACUGUUCUCAAUAUCUCCUGUACUCCUACCGUAGCAGGAAAAUUUGAUACAGGAGCAAAGAUUGCUAUUCGCCGUGCAAAAGACAUAGACCUUAGGUUUGGUGGAUCUGUUGAGAUUGCUGAUGUUGAAAUCAAUCCGGAUGUAUUUAAUUUCAGUGGCACCUAUGUUGGUGCUACCCAGAUUAUUCCAUUUUUAGUAAAAAACAAAGGUAUAACACGUGCCAGAGUAGAGUUUAAUCUGGAAGACUUUGAAGGUUUUUCUAUGGAUUUUAAAGACAACUCAGGGGAAUUCACAGACCCUGCAUUUCCUGACAUAUAUUCCUUGUAGUUAGAGAGAGAGACACCUCUGGAGUGUGGCCUAGCAUUUUCUCCCAAAGAAGUGGCAACUUAUGACUUUAGCAUUCAAGUUCGAAUUAAUUUCUUCGCAGCUUCAGAACUUUACACUCAGUGUUGUUUGUCAGACUCUCCUAUGAUUCCAAAAAUGGCACCACUUAUUCGACCAUGUUACGUUCAAGCUACUGUGUUGCAAGCACCAAUGACAUUUUCCAGCACUGAUUUUAUAUUUGAAAUCCCAUUACAUACUAUGGAUCCUAAUAAAAGUGUCACAAAAACUCAGGUGAUCUUGUUUUACAUAAUACUUCAAAAAAAAGAUGUAGAGUGGAAUUUUGAUAUUAGUAAUACUGGUAAACUUUUCGAAGAUGGCAUAUUCAAAUUUAGCAUACUCAGUGGGACUCUGUGACCAAUUGAAGAGUGUAAUGUUUCUAUAAAUUUCUGUCCAAAACAGCCUAGAAAAUACACAGUUGAUAUUCCUAUACAUUUAAAUGAUAAUCCAGUUUGCUAUUGAAUGUUAUGUCUGGUUGGAGAGGUAAAAUUACCCAAGUUAUUGUUUGACCCUCCUUUCAUAUUUUUUACUCCUGUUCCUUUGGAUGUAACAACUGUGAUGGAUGUCAACAUUUUACCUCAAAACUAUUUCAGGAGUUCAACUUUCAGUGUCCAGAUUUCCCCAGCAAGGCUUCUUGAUGGUGACAUGAUUCAACCUCUUUCUGUGAAUUUUCCAAAAGGCAAAAUUUUCAUUAUGGGCUCUCCCAGUGGAAUUAAUGCUGCGCUCACCUGCCAUCUCAGCUUCAAAUCAUCUAAACCUGUGUCAUUUUUCAGCAGUGUUCUUUUCUGCGAUAGCAGGAAUAAGUGGUUUGCACUUCCAGUUACCGCAACAGCAGAAAACUGCAUUCUUACUCUCUAUUUAUAUAUGGCAAUUCAUCUUGAUGAGCAAAAAAUUAUUUUAAAGAAUGAAAAGGAUGCCAGUUCUGUGAAGGCCGGAAGCAAGGUUUUGCUUGCCAAUCGAGAAGCUGGAUUACCCUCUCCUGCUCCUAGUAAAUUUAGUGAUGCUGAGCCUGAAAAGGGAAGAUUAUUUGUUGGAAUGGAAAUAAUACCUGAAAGAUUGAACUCAGGAAAAAGUGAAAUGUCAAAGAAAAGCAACAGAUCUAUGGAAAAGGAGGUGAAAGACGAGCAGUUCUUUUCUCCUGAAGAAGGCACAAAGACAUAUGACUUCUUUCAGAAGGUUGUAAAUGCAGCUCAGACCUGGUUCAGUCUCUUCGGUUGGCCUGAAGGACUCCAUUCUCUUUCUAUUCCAGAGACUAUAAGAAGUAAAAUACAAUUCUACUCAUCAGCUCCAUCACCCAAAAAAUUUUCCAGACAGAAUGGCUUUUCCAAAUAUAAUAAGACCAUUUAUGAUGUGAUGCUCCACUUGAGUGGAAAAAUGCCACCUGGAAUUACUUCAAGUCAGUCUUUACCUGUGGAUUACACUGAAAGGAUGAUUCAACUUCAUUUGCAACAUUCUUCACUUCGUGACUUUCUCAGUGCUCAAGGAGCAUGUAUUUCUCAUGUACUGCCAGAAUUUCUGCUUGAACCAGAAGAUUAUAAGAAGUGGAUUGAAAUUACAUCUUCCACUAAUACGUUGCCCAAGUUUUCCAAUAUACCUAAGGAAAAGCAUUCUGUUGUUAUAGAUAUUACAAAGUUUGAAGCCUGGAGUAAAUGGGCAUGGACAGAUGUAUUCCUUCAGACAUACCAGGUUCUGGUACUAUACCGAGUUGUACCACAUAGCAUCAAUAAUCUGCCCCCUGUACAUGUGCAAAAUUCACCAAAAGUCAAUCCUUGUUUUGCAUCCAGCAACAUAUAUUCUAAUCCUGAAAGGAUUCUGCUUAGUUGGAUGAACACAAAUUAUGAGAACAGCUGACAUGUUACUUGGGAAAACUGUCCCAAAGAUGUUAUUCCCUCUGAGAGAUGGAUAGUAAAUUUUGACAGAGACCUUUUAGAUGGUCUUGUUUUUGCAACACUGUUAGGAGCCUAUUGCCCAUUUUUGAUUGAGUCUCAUUUUGUAAAUAUGUACACACAACCGAAAAGUUCUGAACAGUAUCUGCACAAUUGCCUGAUUAUUGUGAAUGUUCUUCGUGAAAUUGGCUUUGACAUGGACAUACAGGCUACUGACAUCUGUGAUCCCAAUCCAACGAUGCUCAUGUUUUGUGUCUACAUGUAUGAAAGACUUCCUGCAUAUCUCCCCAAGAAGGUGGUGCCCUUUCAUUGUACUCUACAUGACACUGUGUUGAGAGAGAUUCUACUGAAAAAUUCAAGCUUGAAAAACUUAUUGUAUAAUGCUACAAUUAUCAGAAGAGAUGCCACUGACUUCUCCCUCUCCCAAGGGAAGGUUGUGACAGUUUCUCCAAAAAAACAAAUUACUGUCACUCUGAAAUUUACCAGUCGCUUCCUCCAUCCUGCUGAAGCUUCACUGCUACUAAUUUCAAAACCUAAGAAUGGAACAGGAGGUACUACGAUGACUUUUGCCCUCAAGGGUGAAGUCCUCAAUUUUAAAGCCAUCGCAACUAUAAAAUGCAAAUCUCCGUGUUAUAAAUGGAAAGAAAUCACUGUGAAUGUUAAAAAUCCCUUCCACCCUGCUGGGGAUUUCAGUGUCAUUUUUGUGGAAUCCUCAACAUUUAUCUCUUUGCCAUCCCAAUUAACUGAAGUUGGAGAAUUUGUUGACCACAUGAACGAUGGCGGUGCUGUGAGUAGCAGUGAACAUGAUGUUGCUGAGGGCUGUUCCCAGGCCCCAGAUGCCUUAAAAACCUCAAUUAAGUCCAAUUUCAUCAAAGAGUUCUUCUGCCCUACACGUACUCUUCACCUGGGAGCGAAAGGGACUUCAAGCCUGGAGCUCUUCUUUCUCCCCUUUGGCAUGCACACCCGCUACUGUGUCAUCAUCUUCAGCAACAAAAAGAUUGGAGAAUUAAUAUAUGUUUUGGAAGGAAGAGGUAUGAUCCCCUUGCCUUCCAGAUUCUUUCCAAUGGAUUCUUCAACUCCGCUUGACCACAGCAGUUCUCCAGAAGAAGUGCUUAAUAAGGAAGAUCCAGUUCUGUAUUUGAAAUGUAAGCUCUGUCAAAUCCUGGAUGUGGACCUUAAAUUGCCACUGGCUAAUGAAGCCAAGGAGAAGGCCUUGGCUUUUGCAGCACAGCAACAGAUGUCGAAGAUUGAGUAUGAGAGAAGGUUGAUCACGUGCAUUCUGGAGAGCAGUAGCGUCCACGUGGCCAUCGCCCUCCUGGGGCUGACCAAGAUCAAGAUUUGUAUGCUCUUUAAUAUCUCAAAGUUGAAGAAGCCAAAGUCCAUUUUAUACAAAACAGAGCUGAGCCUUCCAGAACAUUUUGAUAUCCCCAAGACAAUCUGCAUUCCUCGGAUUCUGGAAACUCAAGCUAAAUUGACUCAAUAUCAAGGAACUAAAUCUGCAGAAAAAACAGUUACAGAUGGAUCUGUUCCAGUUCCUUUACGAUUUGUUCCUCUCAGUCCUGGACUACCUUGUAAAAUCUUGUUGACAUCAAGGUAUGAUGUGCGUGUCUAUUGCACUGAAGGUGUGGUAAAUGAAGAACGUCCAGAGGCCAGAUUUGAUUUUGAAACACCAGCAUUUGAAGCCCUUACCCAGAAUAUUCCAAUAAAUAAUAAAACAAAGAAUGAAUGGAAAUGUCAAGUUACUAUAGAAGGAGAAUGGUUUUAUGGACCUCCUGUUUUACAUGUUGGACCAGGUGAAACUGUGAAUUAUCCUCUCACAUUCAAACCUACUUUGGAAUGUGAGAUUAUGGGCAAACUUACCCUACAAAAUGAAGUAGAUGGUAUGGAGCAUAUCUUUGACAUAAAAGGGAUUGGAAAAAGACCGCUGGCCUUGGAACACAUCACCAUAGACUGUCAAGUGGGGGAGAUAACAAAUAAACCCAUAAUGGUGCCCAAUUAUACAACAAGCAUCCUAACAUUUAAGGUGUCCUCAGAUCUUCCAAUGGUGUGGGGAAACCCAGACAUCACCAUAGACCCUGAUAACGCAAUUCCCUAUAUUCUACACGUAUGCCCUUGGAAACGUGGUGUAUUCAAAGGUACAAUUUCGUUUUCCGUUAAAAGCAGACAAAAUGGUGAUUCUCAGGAAGACUCAGACGAAGAUAAAGAUAGAGAUCUAAUACCCUCCUUUGAGAAAUCAUUAUCAGAACCAUCUGACAAGUUUGAUGAGGAAAAACCAGAUGAUGCUAUUAGCAAUUUACAAAUCUGGUAUUAUCUUGAGAUCCAUAGUGCUCCUGGACCACCCUUAAACACUACUGAAGUGAAAUGUAUUGCUCUGGAGAGUGUUUGUAUUGAAAUACGUCUCUUUAAUCCAGAAGAGAAACUUAUUCACUUAGAUGUGCAGUGUGGACUCAAGGAACUUGUACUAUUUCCACUAGAUUCUCUCAACUGUGUUGUACGGUAUUCUCCAGCAACUACAGGCUAUAGAGAAGAAAGCAUUAUUUUUCAGCCUGAUACAGCUCUAGAGUUCUGGUAUUUACUGAAAGUAACUACUGACAUACCAAAACCAACCAUAAUGCCAGAAAUACAUUGUGACCUUGGAAAGUUUGUCACUCAGAUAAUUCCUUUAGAUAAUCCUACACACGAAACCUUAGAAUUGCAAGCAACAAACAGUAAUCCUGAUAAUUUUGUCCUGGAGGUUAACAGAUCACCACUGAUCAUACCACCUCACUCCACCAAAGACAUAUCUGUUCACUUUCGUCCUUCUCCUCUUGGAAGAGCUGGUCAUCAGACUUCUAUCACCUUCCACUGUGCUCAGUUUAAAGAAUGGGUAUUCUACAUCUCUGGAAGAGGACUAUUCCCCCAGCCUCUAGAAAUAGAAAGAAUGACCACAUACCUUCGUCUUCAAUCAUCUGUUCUUAUACCUUUCCAAAAUUCCACCAAAGAAGAUGUUUUAAUCGAUAUCAUACUAACAGGUCAGGAGAAGCACAAGCGUCUUGUCCUGGCUCCAUACUGGGACAGCUUCCUCGAAGAGACUUCUGCCUUCAAGCUUAGUGGUCUGAGUCACACAAAAGGAGUUGCAUUGCCUCCUAAAGGGACUGUAGAUAUCCAGGUGUUAUUUAUGCCCCAGGUUAUGAAAUUACAAAAAACAAUGGUCAUUGUUCAAAUGAAGAAGGCAAGUGGAGAAAGGUGGCCUAUUGACAGUUUUAAAGAAUUGCAUACAGAGGUGAAAAGAGCUUUGGGGAUAGACAGUGAAGAAAUCCCAGGAAUAUGCUGGAUAUACCCUAUUCUUGGAUUCCCAUAGGCACCACAUCCUAAAUGCCCCCAAGUUGUCAUAAAAUGUCAGUCCAGGAAGUGGGUAGAAGAGGAGGUGGAAGUCACAUUGGAUGGAGAUUUUUGGGGCCAAAAUCCUAUCUUACAUCUGACAGACUUUGUAGUGAUUCCAAAAAGAAAAUCAUAUGAUUCUUAUGAAGAUAUCAAAGAUAUACCUGUAAAACGUGAAUUUGAAUAUGAAAUUCAAUUUGAAUCUGAAGUUGCGAAGGAUAAUUUGGAAUCCUGCGUGGCUUUAUAUUACAUAAAAAAAUCUUAAAUCAAGGCUGAAAGGGUAACACUUGUCUUCAGUCUGAUAUUUGCACCAAAGAAACCAUUGAGGUCUCAAAUUACACUGAAAAUAGAGUGCAUAACAGAUGGAAUCUGGAAAUUUCCCAUGAUGUUGGUUGCUACUGAGCCUGAUGUGGAUGGUGUCAUUGACAUUGAAGGGGUUGGUUUAUUUAAAGGAUCUACUGUUGACUUCAGGCUGACAAGUCAGACAAGGUUGAUAUUAUAUUUUUGUUCCUGAAAUCCCGAGCCAUUCACGGCAUACUUCCUACCUGGCAGUUAUCCUGAGUUUUUUGUAAAACCUCAGGUUGGAGAACUUCUUCCUUUUGACACUGAAGGAACUCUAAUCGUUGUGGGUUUUAAACCCAAAAUGUACAGCAGGAAAUACACAGCAACAUUAGCAAUACAGACAGCAGAUAUGUACUGGUUGUAUGAUAUUAAUGGGUUACCUCAAGUUACCAUACCACCAGUGAAUGUAAAAGCCAAAGUUGACACUACUAACAAGAUGUUUGACAAAAAGCCAGCUAAUUGGCACAAUUUUAUCUAUGAAAAUGCUCAAAUCACAAGGACAGGGGUACUAUCCUCUACCAUCAAGGGUGCUCCUUUGAUGUUGAAGAAUAAAUUAAAAAAUGUUUUUCCCAAAAUAUUUCUUGGUCUUAAGUAG